AUGGAGAAGCGCGUGGCCCUUCUUGAGCAGCGCAUCGGGCAGACCACGGAGGGCGAAGGGUCCCGGAUCCAGACCCUCUGUGAGCAGGCCAAGAGGCUGCAAGAAGGUCUGCAUGCCCUACGUGUCUCAGAAGAGAUCCACGAUGAACGAAGGCAAAAGGAGCUGAAGGUGGUGGAAAGCAGCAUGCUGUCGGACCUGCAGAAAGCAGCUUCCGAAAGGCAGCAGGCAGAGCAGAAGCACGAGGAGUCGAUCAGCAGCAGAUUGGACGACUGCCGGGUAGAGCUCCUCAAAGAGCAGUCGCAGAGGGAGACUGUUCACGAUGACUGCGGGCGCGAAGUUGGUGAAGAGGCUGCCCCAAACGGAACCAUCACAACUAAUCAUAACCAUUAG